UGAUAUUGUAUGAUAACAUUGAAUUAAAAUUCAAUCGCAAUCACGACAAAUUUAAUGCGAUCUGUGAUAAACAAUAAUUUUUUUGAUCAAGUUGCGAUAUUUUUUGUUAUGACCAUUAUUUCAUAUGACGAAUAAAGAAGGUACUUUUUUGAUAUUUGCAAAGUUGACUUCCCUAUGAUAACACUUUCUAUUCAUUAAAUAUUGUGAAAAUCAGUGCUUUGUGGAUUAUGGUUUUCGAUGUUAAAUAAGACAUGGUUGCCACGGCGCCCUCGUUCAAACAAGUAAUCGACGACUCUGAUGAGUCGGACUCUGAAAAUACACGUUACUAUGAAGAUAUUGAUGAAUUAGACCAUCGAACUGCACAAGAUACAAAAGGAUGGAACUUAUUUCGCGAAAUCCCCGUGAAGAAGCAGAGUGGGUCGAUGGCCUCAACCAAAUGGAUCGACAUAAGCGUCAAAUUAUUGAAACUCCUAGCUUAUAUACUAGUGUUCGUUGCAACACUAGGAUCUGCUGUUAUAGCAAAAGGAACGCUACUUUUUAUCACGUCGCAACUGAAAAAAGAUCGACAAAUCACGCAUUGCAAUAAGCUUCUUGCUUUAGAUCAACAAUUUGUAACGGUUUUGACAUUAGAAGAAAGAAUAACAUGGCUUUGGGCAGCAGCAAUAGUGUUUUGUGUACCAGAAUUGGGCACAUUUGUGAGAUCAGUCAGGAUUUGUUUUUUUAAGACGCACCACAAACCUUCAGUAUCUCAGUUCGUUAUUGCUUUUACCAUAGAAACGUUACAUACAAUCGGAAUCGCCAUUUUGUUACUGAUCAUUUUACCCGAACUGGACGUGGUGAACGGCGCCAUGUUGAUGAACGCUAUGUGUAUAAUACCGGGAAUUUUGAAUGCAUUCUCGAGAGAUCGAACCGAUUCACGUUAUUCUAUAAAAUUGAUAAUUGACGUGCUGGCCAUAUCCGCUCAGGCGACUGCUUUUGUGGUAUGGCCUAUGUUAGAUGGUAAACCGGUACUUUGGUCAAUACCGGUAGCUUGCCUGUUGGUGUCCCUGGGCUGGUGGGAGAAUUACGUCGGCAGCUGCCAUCGGAAUUCCUCGUAUGUAAUGUAUCAUUUACAACUAUUGAGAGAAAAUCUCAAAAAGACUCGUUAUUAUACGCACAGGAUCCUACCGCUCUGGAAAAUUACAUUAUUUUUCAUUUGUGUCUUGAUAUCGUUACAAGUACAAGGUGAUAAUGCGUUUUCAUUUUUUGAAUUAACACGAGAUGCUUUUGGUGAGCGAUUGUACGUGGUCAAUGAGGUCCAAGUGCUACUCAGCGAUGCCAAUGACGGCUUAGACUAUACCUUGACCGGCAAGACGUUAGAGCUGCCAGUUUAUUGGUCUACAUCUCUCUGGGUGGCCGCUAUUCAAGUUACAGCAGCGUAUUUCUGUUUUGGAGCCGCCAAAUUUGCUUGUAAAAUUCUUAUUCAAAAUUUUAGCUUCACAUUUGCUCUGACACUCGUCGGACCGGUUGCUAUAAAUCUCCUUAUAUUCCUUUGCGGCUUGAGAAACGCGGACCCGUGUGCGUUUUACGGAACAAUUCCCGAUUAUUUGUUCUACGAAAUUCCUCCAGUGUACUUCUUACGUGAGUACAUCGGACGUCAAAUGGCGUGGGUGUGGUUGCUAUGGCUCAUGUCCCAAGCGUGGAUCGUUGGGCAUACUUGGCUGCCACGAUGUGAGCGUGUCGCUGCUACCGACAAAUUGUUCGCCAAACCUUUGUACAACGGGGUUUUGAUAGAUCAAUCGCUCCUAUUGAAUAGAACCAAAGAUGAUGAUGCCGAUAUUGGGUUUGAGAAUUCUAAAGACGCCGACAAUGUAUCCAUAGCCAGUUCGGAAAAAGACAUGAGUGACAUGACUGAUAUUAAACCAAGCGACAGCAUCAGCAGAAUUUACAUAUGUGCGACCAUGUGGCACGAAACAAAAGAUGAAAUGGUUGAUUUCUUAAAGUCUAUUUUGAGACUCGACGAGGACCAGAGUGCUCGCAGAGUUGCUCAGAAGUACUUAGGAAUCAUUGAUCCUGAUUACUAUGAGUUGGAGUGUAACAUUUUCUUUGACGAUGGUUUUGAAAUAUCUGAUCACAGCGCGGACGACUCUCAAGUGAAUCGUUUUGUGAAGUGUCUAGUGGACACUAUAGACGAAGCGGCCUCAGAAGUCCACCUCACGAACGUUAAGCUUCGUCCUCCUGUGAAAAUACCGACUCCAUAUGGCGGCAGAUUGGUCUGGACUAUGCCAGGAAAAAAUAAAAUUAUUUGUCAUUUGAAAGACAAAUCGAAAGUUCGACACAAAAAACGUUGGUCGCAGGUUAUGUACAUGUACUACAUCCUCGGUCACCGUUUGAUGGACCUGCCGAUAUCCGUUAACCGCAAGGAGGUUAUAGCCGAGAACACGUAUCUACUAGCCCUGGAUGGCGACAUCGAUUUCAAGCCGAGCGCAGUGACGUUGCUCAUCGACUUGAUGAAGAAAGACAAGAACUUGGGAGCCGCGUGCGGCCGCAUCCAUCCAGUCGGCUCAGGUUUCAUGACGUGGUAUCAGAAGUUUGAAUACGCGAUCGGUCACUGGCUUCAAAAGGCCACCGAACACAUGAUCGGCUGCGUGCUCUGUAGUCCCGGAUGCUUCUCGCUGUUCAGAGGAAAGGCUCUGAUGGACGACAAUGUCAUGAAGAAAUACACACUGACUUCCCAUGAAGCGAGGCAUUACGUGCAAUACGAUCAAGGUGAGGACCGUUGGCUUUGCACACUGCUCCUUCAGCGCGGGUACCGGGUUGAAUAUUCAGCCGCAUCUGACGCGUACACGCAUUGUCCAGAGCUUUUCGGAGAAUUUUAUAACCAGCGACGACGAUGGGUUCCCUCGACCCUGGCGAACAUCUUUGAUUUGCUUGCAGAAUAUAAGCGCACCGUUAAAGUGAAUGAUAAUAUCUCCACACUGUAUAUCGUUUAUCAGACCUUACUUAUGAUCGGCACUAUACUGGGUCCCGGUACCAUCUUCCUCAUGAUGGUCGGUGCAAUGAACUCUGUGACCGGUAUGAGUAACAUGCAAGCUUUAAUACUGAACCUAAUACCGAUAGGCAUAUACGUUGCGGUCUGUUUGACUUGCAAAUCUGAAAUACAGCUCAUGUUCGCUAAUAUGAUCACAUGCGUGUAUGCAAUGAUAAUGAUGUUAGUGAUAAUUGGUAUAGCGCUACAGAUCGUCGAAGAUGGUUGGUUAGCGCCAUCUAGUAUCUUCACGGUUGCAACGUUUGGUCUCUUCUUCGUAACGGCCGCGCUUCAUCCCCAAGAGAUCAGUUGUUUGAUGUACAUUUGCAUCUACUACAUUACAAUUCCGAGCAUGUAUUUGUUGUUGAUUGUUUACUCUUUGUGCAAUCUCAACAAUGUUUCGUGGGGUACUCGAGAAAUCGAACAAAAGAAAACUCCUAAGAUGUUAGAGAUGGAGAAGAAACUUGCGGAGGAAGCAAAGAAGAAAAUGGACAGCCAGAAUAUAUUGAAAAAGUUUGGACUUGCAGACGAGACGUCGGGUACAUUGGAGUUCGGUAUCGCCGGUUUGUUCCGGUGCAUGUGCUGCACCAACCCGAAGGAUCACAAGGACGACCUGCACUUACUGCAGAUCGCCAACUCCAUUGAGAAAAUUGAAAAGAAAUUGUUGGCACUCGGUGCAACUGAAAUGUCAGAGUCCCCUCCACCGCGUCGUCGUUCGUCGAUGGGCCUGCGUCGGGACUCGCUCGACAUGUUGCAAGAAUAUCCGGACAGUGAAGCGUCCGUUGAUUUACCACGGGAAGAUCGCGACGAUCUAAUCAAUCCAUAUUGGAUCGAAGACCCGGACCUGCAGAAGGGCGAAGUGGACUUCUUGACGACGGCCGAGAUCAGAUUCUGGAAGGACAUGAUUGACGUUUACUUGAGGCCCAUCGAAGAAAAUAAAGAAGAAAAGGCACGCAUUGAGAACGAUCUGAAGAAGCUUCGCGACACAACGGUGUUCGCGUUCGUCAUGUUGAACUCUUUGUUCAUACUCGUCAUAUUCUUGUUGCAACUCAAUCAAAAUCUGCUGCACUUCCGAUGGCCGCUCGGACAGAAAGUCUUCAUCGAAUACGACAAUGAGAAUAACGUUAUCAACAUCGAGCAAGAAUACCUGACCUUGGAGCCUAUCGGGUCGAUUUUCUUGAUAUUCUUCGGCACCGUAUUGAUGAUUCAGUUCGUCGGCAUGUUGUUCCAUCGAUUGGGCACGUUAACACAUUUGCUGUCAACCGUACAUCUCAACUGGUACUUUACUAAAAGGGCCGGCGAAAUGUCAGAAGACGCUCUACUGGAGAAGCACGCUAUCGAAAUAGCGAAAGAUCUACAGAAGUUGAACACAGACGACCUGGACAGACGCGGCAUCGACGAGUCAAAUCUCUCCCGAAGGAAAACGCUGCAUAACCUGGAGAAGUCGCGUCACACGAAACAGAGCGUGAUCAACUUGGACGCCAACUUCAAGAGGCGGCUCACCAUACUGCAGCAGGGUGAUCCGAAUGUAGCAACUCGCAUUCCAUCGCUGGGCGCCAAUGACGCAACACGUCGCGCGACUCUACGAGCUCUCAAGACCAGAAGAGACUCUCUGCUGGCCGAGAAGAGAAGAUCGCAGUUGCAAAACGCCCGGGACUCCGCCUCCGGGUAUCUGUACGACCUGCCCAAAGGAACGAUGAACGAUAUGGGAGGUCGCGCUUCUACGACGAGCACGUACAUCAACAAGGGAUACGAACCGGCAUUCGACAGCGACGAUGACGAGGGACCGCACCCGAGAAGGAGCACUGUGCGCUUCAGGGAAAACUACGGAUGAUGUUUAUCCAAACGAAAAACGCCUUUAUAUUUAUUACUCAAUAAAACAGUUUUCAUUGCAA